GUGCCGACCGGAAGCGGAUUGCUGGGGCCGUCCUCUGUCCGCUGACGCUUGUGCGCCGCGGCCAGGCGGGCGGACACCAAAUGCGGGCGUCCAGCGUCGGGGGUUCGGUCUUGGCUCCCGCCCCCACGCCGGGCUCCGAGCGGUCCCGGCCUGCAGCGGCCUUCGGGCUUCUGUAAGUGUGGGGGGCCUGAAGGUCCCUGCGCCGCCCUCGCCGGGGCAGCUGAGCGGCGUCCGACCGGUGCUAUGAAGGUGCAGGCUUGUUCUUGAAAAUAGCGUCUCUGCCGGAGGCACUUAGUUUGAGGGCGAUGUCGGCGGUAGGGUAGAGGUGAGACAGUUGCCUCUAGCUUUGCAGUUCCUGUAGGACUUUGAGAGCCAGAAGCACCGGCCUCCUUAUCCGAAUAGCAUCCGGGUUUCCUCACAGCCACUACAUAGCCUAAUGCCUCUGCCCCUAGUCCUGAAGUUCCUAGACAGUAAGUGCCGAGGAUUCCCGUAAAAUAGAAAGAGGGCAGUCGUCUCGGGGAACCACUUGGUUCUCUCAGCCAUGAAGGCAGAGACAGUGCCACCAUGCCAGGACUCCCCAGCCGGGUCCGCCAGUAGCCUUAAUAAUCUAUUGAGUAGCCGGAAGCUGAUGGCUGUGGGAGUCGUGCUCGGCUGGCUACUUGUCAUCCACCUCCUGGUCAAUGUGUGGCUUCUCUGCCUUCUGUGUGCAUUGCUAGUGGUGCUGGGAGGCUGGCUUGGCCCAAAUGCCAUCUUGGGGGCUUCAGGCCGACUGCACUUGGAACGUUUCAUCCCAGUGACCGUCUGCCCUCCCAACCCUGAGGCAGAGGGGCAGCUGGAACAGGAGAUCAACCGUACCAUCCAGAUGAUUAUUCGGGACUUUGUGUCAUCCUGGUAUCGCUUAGUGAGCCAGGAGCCAGCCUUUGAGGAAGAGAUGGAAGCAGCCAUGAAAGGGUUGGUCCAGGAGCUCAGGAAGAGGAUGGGUGUGGUGGACAAUCAUGCUCUUGCCCAGAGAGUCCUCACUCUCUGUGGUUGUCAUCUGCAGAGCUACAUUCAGGCCAAGGAGGCCACUGCAGGGAAACAGAGUGGUCCAGUUGAGCCCUCGCAGCUCUGGGAGGCCUACUGUCGAGUUACUGCCCCACAUCCCGCUGUUCAGAGCCCCACGGCUGAGGUGGCCUAUACCCGUGGCAUUGUGAAUUUGUUGCUGCAAGAACUAGUUCCCAAACCCCACUUGGAGACCCGGACUGGACGCCACGUAGUGGUUGAACUCAUCACUUGCAAUGUAAUCUUGCCACUGACCAGCAGGCUGUCUGAUCCUGACUGGGUACACCUUGCACUCGUGGGCAUCUUUUCCAAGACCAGAGAUGGUCCAGCACAAAAGGCUGAACCACUCUGCUCAGCCAGUGCCCUGGAACAGCCUUCAGUGCCCAAAUCUCUGCCACUGCCUGUUCAGGUGGAGAGUCUGCCAGAUGUGAGAGCCGCUCCUCUGGUAGCAGCCCCAGUGCUCCUAACCUGCAGUGAGCCGGACAGCCCUUCUGGCCACUCCCCAGAGGUGGAAGAAGGCCAUGAAGCUAUAGAGGAAGAUUUGAGUGGGGUGCCAGAAGAAAGAAAAGUAGGAAGCAACCCAUCUCAUUUCCUACAGCCGGACACUCGAGGCCCCCUGUUCAUAUGUGAAGACUCAGAGCUGGAGUCUCCACUAUCUGAACUGGGCAGAGAAACCAUCAUGCUCAUGGCCCCAGGUAACUUCCUCUCUGACAGGCUCCAGGAUGCCCUAUGUGCCCUUGGGGAGUCCCAGGCUCUGGGGCCUAAGGACAGUGAGACAUCUGAAGGAAUUGAGGGAGCAGAGGCUGAGGAGGGGCCAGGGACAGAAACAGAGAAAUGCCUUAUGGUCUCCCUGCCAAAAUCCUGCCCAGAGAUCCAGAUCGACACAACGGAUAAGGAGGUAGAAAAAGGAACUGUCACCCCUUUGACAGCUUUGCUAGAGGGUCCAGAAAGGACCUGUCCCCCACGACCUUCAUGCUUAGAGAAGGAUCUCUCUGAUGGUGUGAGCUCUCUAGAUCCUAAUCUGUCACAGGUUCUGCUCUCCUCCUCUCCAACUGGUUCUCUCCAUUCAGCCACCUUCAGCUUUGAGUCCCUCAGCAGUCCAGAUGGCCCAGUCAUCAUCCAGAAUCUUCGUAUCACUGGCACCAUUACUGCCCGGGAGCACAGUGGCACUGGAUUCCACCCAUAUACGCUGUACACCGUGAAGUAUGAGACAGCCCUGGACAGUGAGAACAAUAGCGGCCUGCAACAGUUGGCCUACCACACCGUGAAUCGCCGCUACCGGGAGUUCUUGAAUCUGCAGACCCGUCUGGAGGAGAAACCAGAGCUACGAAAGUUCAUCAAAAAUGUGAAAGGUCCUAAGAAACUCUUUCCAGACCUUCCAUUUGGAAACAUGGAUAGUGACAGAGUAGAAGCCCGGAAGAGCCUCCUAGAAUCAUUCCUAAAACAACUAUGUGCUAUUCCUGAGAUUGCUAACAGUGAGGAGAUGCAAGAGUUCCUUGCUCUGAAUACAGAUGCUCGAAUUGCUUUUGUCAAGAAACCGUUCGUGGUCUCCAGAAUAGACAAGAUGGUGGUGAGUGCUAUCGUGGACACCCUGAAGACAGCAUUUCCUCGCUCUGAACCCCAGAGUCCCACCGAGGAGCUGAGUGAGGCUGAGACAGAAAGCAAGCCUCACGCAGAAGGCAAGAAGGCUAACAAGUCCAGACUGAGGUUCUCAUCCAGUAAAAUUGCUCCAGCCCUGAAUACGACUGAAGCACAUGAGAAGGUUCUCUAUUGUUUCCGAGAAGGCAAUGUGGAGCCAGAGAUCCUAUCCCUGUCUGGAAUGGAAUCCUUUAUUGAAAACCAGAGCAAGUUACUAGAAACACAGCCAGAGGAAGCCCCAGAAAAAGAUCCUGAACAAAUCCCCAAAGGAUGUGUGGAUCACGGCUUCUCAGGUGCACCUGCACCUGCCCAAGACCUCAGCAACAGUGAUCCAGGGACAGAGACAGAGUUAGCUGACACAGCCCUGGAUCUGCUCCUCUUGGUGCUGAUGGAACAGUGGAGGUGGCUGUGUACUGAAAACAUGCAGAAAGUUCUUCAUCUUGUCUUUGGGACCCUAAUUCAGAGGUGGCUAGAGGUGCAGGUUGCUAAUCUAACAUGUCCACAGCGCUGGGUGCAGUACCUGCGGCUCCUUCAGGAGGCCAUCUGGCCCGGCGGGUCUCUUCCUGAGGCACCACGGCCUGUGAGGACCCAGGAGCAGCGGGCGGCUGCUGAGAAGCAGGCCCUGCAGAGCCUCAUGGGGGUCCUGCCAGAUAUUGUGGUAGAAAUCCUUGGGGUGAACAAAUGUCGGCUAAGCUGGGGUCUCGUCCUGGAGUCACUACAGCAACCCCUCAUCAACAGGCAUUUGAUUUACUGCCUUUGGGACAUCAUCCUGGAAUUCUUGGAUCUCUCUGCCUCUGCUGAGGAGUCUACCACAGCCACCUCUGCCGCUGAUUCCCCAGGCAACCCCAGGAGUGUGGGUGUCUCCCCUUAGCUCUGGGCUGUUCACACAUCCUAGAAACGUCAGGGAAGACGGUUAUUUAGCCACCCAGAAAGCAGUCAGAAAGCCUGUACCCUGGGGGACGGGGCUGCCUCUGAGAAUGCCUGGGAUCUCCCCCAGCUCCACUCCAUCUGUAGCAGGCCACAGGAGGGAUAUGUGUACCACUUCAUGUAUAUCCAUUUCCAUAGUGUUUUUGAGGUGUCCAAAUUGUUGCUGGUGGGUAGAUCCUGUUUCCUGUGGAACAGGACACUGUGAGUUAAAGAAAUGAGCCCUCUUUUGCCUUUCCCAUCACCCCCUUCCCUAAGAUAGUGGUCUUCCUGUAACCUGGCCCUAUGUACACAUGGGCCUGACCCACCAACACAUAAACUUGAGAUAGAACAGGAAAAACUAUCACUAGGUGCUUGGGGGAGAAGACAGUCUUCUGAGCUCUCUGCUCCCACCAGGGAACUGCAGGUUUCUUCAGGUCCACCCUCAACAGCCAAUCCGCUGGGUCCUACCUGGUUUCCCAACAGUUCCAAGAGAAGGUGGUUGGGGGGAGAGAUUUCUCCAGGGACUCCUCUUUGCUUGUUGGCUCUUUUCCAACCCAUCAGCCUUAUGGAGGAUGCCGUGAAGGCUGCUUCCCUGGGUGGUUACACUUUUCCUGCCCAGAAGACUUCAAACAAGCCUGCCAAAGCUUCUGGUAAAUGCACCCCACCCUUCACACCCUUUCCUGAAAGGGAGUUGCAUCACAGAUUUUAUUCAUUAGCUUUUUUCCUGACCCCCUUCCCAGGAGCAAUUGAGUUUUUGCCUUUAUGACCUUCUCUCUGUGUGUCUUCAACAAAAUUUCAUGACAAGUGGCAUACUCCACCUCUGCCCUUCCAAAGAAGGAAAAAACACUUGCCCAUGGCUGAGAAUACCCAAACAGUAUGCACCCCAGGGGAAUGAGUGAGGUGUGCUGUCUUCACCAGUCCUGGCACGGAACUUUUACUCAGAACAGAAAAUAUUAGCAAACCUGCAGGGAAUUGGUUACCCACAAAAAAACUUUCUACUCACUAUUUCUUAGGGUCUAAUUAAUUUUUAAGAAUGCCAGCAAUGAAGGCAAAGGCUCCGUGUCAGGCCACAGUGUCUGUUAGAAAGAUGGAACAAUCAGAAGGAGUUGGUAGGAAAGGAGGCAGAGGAGUAUCACGGGAAAGUGGUACGAGUUAAACACGUGUGAACAGUCGAGGAAGGUGGGCUAACAGGCACCGCUGGGAGGCCUCUGCUCUCCCCUCUGCACUUUAGUUUCUGCCUUGCCUGACAGCCCUGCUUCUGCUGGGUUAGGCACCCCCCACCUGGAGGAAGGGCUUGGAGCUAGGCUGCUGAGAACAGGCUGGGGCUGGAAUAAGCAUCAAGAUUCCCUUAGACUCUGGAGUCGGUAAUGAGCACACAGUAAACUGGUUGUGGAAGAAAGUUGUGAAAUCUUUUUGCUUUUUUGUCUUCUGGAAGCUUUUAACCACAAAACGUGUUCUGUUGUAUUUUUGAUA